GUGCCCCACGUAGCUCCGCCCGCCCGCUUAUAAGGGGCGGCUCUAGCCGGGCGCUCGCUAAGAGCGGCAGCAGCAUCUGGCUCGGCCGGCGGCAACAUGGCAGAUCAGUCUUUUGUAACCCUGGCUACAAAUGAUUCCUAUGUGAAAGGAGCACUUGUAUUGGGUUCAUCUCUACAACACUACAGAACAACAAAGAAGUUAACUGUGCUUGUAACUCCCCAAGUUUCAGAUCCAGUGAGGAAGGUGCUGGAAAAGGUAUUCGAUGACGUUAUAUUGGUAGAUAUCUUGGACAGUGGGGAUUCAGCUCACCUAGCGCUAAUGAAAAGACCUGAACUGGGUAUUACCUUAACAAAACUCCACUGCUGGGAACUGACUCAGUAUUCAAAAUGUGUAUUCAUGGAUGCAGACACAAUGGUCUUGGCAAACAUUGAUGAGCUUUUUGAGAGAGAAGAGCUAUCUGCAGCACCAGAUCCAGGCUGGCCUGACUGUUUUAAUUCUGGAGUUUUUGUUUAUCGACCUUCCAUUGAAACAUACAAUGAGCUGUUGCAACUUGCCACAGAGAAAGGUAGCUUUGAUGGAGGGGACCAGGGGCUACUAAACACUUUCUUCAGCAGCUGGGCAACAACAGAUAUCAGCAAGCAUCUACCGUUUAUUUAUAACUUGAGCAGCAUUUCUAUAUACUCAUACCUCCCAGCAUUUAAAGUGUUUGGUGCAAAUACUAAAGUAGUGCAUUUCUUGGGAAGCAUAAAACCAUGGAACUACACCUAUGACUCCAAAACAAAAAGCAUAAGAGGAGAUGCACAUGAUCCAACAAUGGUUCACCCAGAAUUCCUCAAUAUCUGGUGGGAUAUCUAUAUUACCAACGUCUUACCUCUAUUAGAGCAGCAUGGAGUUGUUAAAGAGACUACCACAGGUGUACACAUGGAUGAGGUUACAGAGGCAGUGUCCCACAUGUCAGUUUCAGCAACAGCAUCAUCACCUUCCUCACCACCGCCACAACCAACUGUAUCUUCAGAAGAACGCAAAGAGAGGUGGGAACAAGGCCAGGCUGACUACAUGGGAGCAGAUUCUUUUGAUAACAUCAAGAAAAAACUUGACACCUACCUCCAGUAGAAACUUUUGUCUCCUCUAAACACAGACAGUACAAGGACUUGGUCCACAGCUAUAGUAGCUAGAAAAGUGUUGAAUAUGGUCAGUUAAAUUCACUAGUAGCUUGAUAUUUUUUUUUUUUUUUAAAAACUCCUUGGCUGAAAGCCUCUGCAGUACUACAGGUGAGAACUGAACAAAAACUAUAAAGCAGAAAUUGUUCUGCCACCUAAUACUUGCCCAACUUUCAAGUCUUCCCUAAUACAUUUGCUGGAUAUACCUAGAGGGGGGGAUGGGAGCAGGGCACUAAACUAGCUUGAAACUUCUUCCUUUAAACCUGUAGACCUGUGCUUUACCUCUAAAAGGUGGAAUGGCAUUACUCCUGUUUGCUUGUUAUCUUGCACAUGAGACCUUUUACAGGGCUGCUCAGAGGUUAAGGUGGCUGCCAUUUUGCCUUAUUCUAAAUGUAUUAGUAUUACACUGUUGGCAUACAUGCAAAUUUACUAGUAAUGGCACGGCUUUGCCAGUUGCACCUUGCCCUGAAGAUCUUGACCAGGUUACUGUGUAUUAUAGAAUGCUUUUGUUCAGUUCUGUGUUGUUAUGGGACUAGUAAAUUAAAGUUUUACCUGUUACCUGUAAUAUUACACUUACUGCAAAAUAAAUACUCAUGAUGCAUUUCUGGCUUUCCCAAACUCAAUUGUGAGGCUCUCAACUGCAAGAUAGUGCUGAAGCCUCAUUAAAUAACAGUAGCUCCUGUUUAAAAAAUUCUCAAUUUCUACCAAAUAUAAGGAGCCUGUAAAUUUAAUAGCAGAUGUCUUCCUCUCAAUUUUUGAGGAAAUUGCAAGGAAAUACUAAAAUAGCUAACUGAAAAACCAAUUCUCCAGUUCCUGGCUGUGAUGGGCAACAGUAAAGAAAUAUGUUAGCUAGACUAAGAACAGAUGAACCUUGGCAUAGUUUGUCAGGCUAAAUUCUAACUACAUCAACUGGUAUUAAGAGGUGGCUAAUUAAGAGUACUCAAAAGUAUUGCCUGGUCAAUUUCCUGUGCAAAAAUGACAGCAAUACUCUGGGCAAAGUCACUUUUGUGUGGAGAAAAAGGGAACUAUACAAAGUUAACUAGGAGAAUGGGAACCUCCAUCACUGAACUUGGUUGUGUUUUUAUGGAGAAGCUGAAUAAACAUCUGUUUGAAAUGGUUUAGAAA